CUUCAUCACUCCUUUUCGUUUUCUUUCAUUUUUGUUUUUAUACAUAAAAAUAUUUCUCUAUCGGUUUAGUGAGAACAUCAGCAUAUGCGUUCAGAGUGAUUCAUAUUUCAUAGGUUCUAACGAAUCCAUUUCUUGUGUUUACAUCGCUUAAUCAUUUUUAGACUAGGACAAUUGGAAUCCUAUCUGGGUUUUUUUUGUUAGCAUGGCUUUCUGCUUAUCAGAAUCAAGAAGUGCGAUUAAUCACCUGAAAUCAAGAACGUCUUGUUUCAGAUACUGGAGUUCUUCGAAUUCUCCAUUGUCUCACAGAAAUCAUCAUGCAUUUCAAACGGCUAAAUUUAGUAACCCGAAUGAUUCAAUACCAUCUAAAAGACCAUCCCUCUUUUCCUUUUGGCGUUCUGAAUCAGUAAAAACUGGAAAAUUAUCGGAUUCCAUGCUUUGUGAUGAUGGCACAACUGAUCAGGUAUUUCCGGGCUGAUUCUUGGUUAUGAAUAUUUUGAGACUUUAAUCAACUCCGUUUAUCUCUUUUAGUUAUAUGGAAAAUGUAGUGAUUUCUUCUUCUCUAUGUUCUGGAGUCUUUUAAUUCUGUAUCUUGCCUCAUACUUUUAUGAUGGAUUGGGUCAUUUUCGGCCCGUUAUUUAAUUAAAUUUUCAUUCAGCUGGCUUACAGGUUGACAUUGACUUUGAAUCUUUCUGUUAGAAGACCAUAGCUUCUGUUGAUUAUGUAACUUUGUUUCUCAAAAUAUUGACUUACCUCAUAGCUUGCUGAUAAAUUCACUAACUAUGCAGUGAGCUUCUUUUUUUUUUUCCCUUUUUCUUUACCUGUGAAUAUCAUGUGUAUAUAUUAGGAACUAAGCAAAUUGGUUUUCUUAGGUCCUGAAAUUUCCUGGAGGAAAGGUUAAAUUCACCUCAAAAUUAGAUUUCUUUCCUGAAUCUUAUGAGGAGAGAAUUCACUGCUAUCGGGUUCUUGGUGAAAAUGGUCAACUUUUGUCUACAGACUUUCCAAAGGUUACUAAAGAAUUUGCGGUGAGAAUGUAUUCUCACAUGGUCACCCUUCAGGUUAUGGAUAAUAUCUUUUACGAAGCUCAGAGACAAGGAAGAAUAUCAUUUUAUGUGACUACAAUAGGUGAAGAGGCCAUUAAUAUUGCAUCUGCUGCAGCACUUCAUAUGGAUGAUCCUGUCUUUCCUCAGUACAGGGAGCCCGGAGUUCUGCUAUGGAGGGGCUUCACCUUGCAAGAGUUUGCUAACCAGUGCUUCGGUAACAAGAAUGAUGGUGGAAAAGGCAGGCAAAUGCCUGCGCACUAUGGUUCUCACAAGCACAACUAUUUCACAGUUGCAUCAACAGUUGCCUCCCAAAUUCCCCAUGCUGUUGGUGCUGCGUAUUCUCUGAAGAUGGAUAAUGUAAAUGCAUGUGCCAUAACUUAUUUCGGAGAUGGUGGCUCUAGCACGGGAGAUUUCCAUGCUGCUAUAAACUUUGCAGCUGUUACGGAGGUGCCAGUGAUUCUUUUUUGUCGCAAUAAUGGAUGGGCCAUCAGCACCCCUGUCAGAGAUCAGUACCGGAGUGACGGUAUUGUUGCCCGAGGACAAGCCUAUGGAGUCCAAAGCAUCCGCACUGAUGGUAAUGAUGCGCUUGCUAUAUACAAUGUUGUCCGCUCAGCCCGUCAAAUAGCCAUUUCUGAACAAAGACCUAUUUUGAUUGAGGCUCUCACUUACAGAGCAGGUCAUCACACCACAUCAGAUGACUCAACCAGAUACCGUCCAGCUGAGGAAAUAGAAUGGUGGAGAGUGACCCAAAAUCCUGUUACUAGAUUUAGAAAAUGGCUCGAAACAGAAGGUUGGUGGGGUGCUCGUGAAGAUGCAGAACUAAGAAGCAGCCUCAGGAAGGAGGUAUUGCAAGCCAUUCAAGUUGCAGAGAAGGAUGAGAAGCCUCCAAUUGCUGAUAUAUUUACAGAUGUAUAUGAUGCUCUUCCGCCUAACCUCUGUGAGCAGGAGACAAUUUUGAGGCAGGUUAUUGCAAGACACCCUGACGACUACCCGCCUAACUUCUCAAAUUAG